UGCCAGCAGCUCUGGGCUGGGGGCAAGCGGGCUAGCGGGACGGGCGGGCCAGGGCAUACAGGGUCCAGGCCAACGGCCGCCUUAGCUCCGCAGCUUCUUCUACCCCGCCACACCUGUCACGCCCAGCGCGCCCCCUGCCCGCACGCGCGCGGUCCACGCAGCUCUGGACGCAGGCGGCCGAGGUUGCGGAGUCCCUCACGCUCACCCCCCGACUUCGAGGCGCCCAGGGGCCAGUCAGAGGUUGGGUAGCUGCGGUUGUGACAGGUGGCUGCGAGCAGGGUCGCAGACAUGCUGCUGCUCAAGAAACAGACGGAGGACAUCAGCAGUGUCUAUGAGAUCCGGGAGAAGCUGGGCUCGUGAGUGGGUGCCUUCUCCGAGGUGAUGCUGGCCCAGGAAAGGGGCUCUGCUCAUCUUGUGGCCCUCAAGUGUAUCCCCAAGAAAGCCCUUCGGGGCAAGGAGGCCCUGGUGGAGAAUGAGAUUGCGGUACUCCGCAGGAUCAGCCACCCCAACAUUGUCGCUCUGGAAGACGUUCAUGAGAGCCCUUCUCACCUCUACUUGGCCAUGGAGCUGGUGACUGGUGGUGAACUGUUUGACCGCAUCAUGGAGCGGGGCUCCUACACAGAGAAGGAUGCCAGCCACCUUGUAGGGCAGGUCCUCGGGGCUGUCUCCUACCUUCAUAGCCUGGGCAUUGUGCACCGGGACCUCAAGCCUGAAAACCUCCUCUAUGCCACACCCUUUGAGGACUCCAAGAUCAUGGUCUCUGACUUUGGCCUGUCCAAAAUACAAGCUGGCAACAUGCUAGGCACAGCCUGUGGGACCCCAGGAUAUGUGGCCCCAGAGCUCCUGGAGCAGAAACCCUACGGGAAGGCCGUAGAUGUGUGGGCCCUGGGUGUCAUCUCCUACAUCCUGCUGUGUGGGUACCCCCCCUUCUACGACGAGAGCGAUCCUGAACUCUUCAACCAGAUUCUGAGGGCCAGCUACGAGUUUGAUUCUCCCUUUUGGGAUGACAUCUCAGAAUCAGCCAAAGACUUCAUCAGGCACCUGCUGGAGCGUGAUCCCCAGAAGAGGUUCACCUGCCAACAGGCCUUACAGCAUCUUUGGAUCUCUGGGGAUGCAGCCUUGGACAAAGACAUCCUGGGUUCUGUCAGUGAACAGAUCCAGAAGAAUUUUGCCCGGACCCACUGGAAGCGAGCGUUCAAUGCCACAUCGUUCCUACAUCACAUCCGUAAGCUGGGGCAGAGCCCAGAGGGUGAGGAGGUCUCCCGGCAGGGUAGGAUCUGUCACAGCCACCCAGGCCUUGGGACUAGCCAGUCCCCCAAGUGGUGACAACCAGGUGGAUGCCAAAGAAGACCAAGUGGACUGACUCCCAGCUUUUCUUUCCUCCGGCCCUUUUGGUCUCCUUCCCUGCCCCUUGUCUCCCGAGCUGGCCUCUGCUGGAAAGUUUGAGACUGUAGGUGUGCUGCAUGGCACUGGGCUAGGGGGCUUCCCCAGUGUGUCCCCCAGUCCCUACCCUUACCUAUGGUGGAGGCUCUCUUCCCCAUGUUGCUGUCACACUUUUUGGACACCGAGGAGGUGUUUGCAAGUGAAUUUUGGGGCUGUCCUUCCUGCAUCUUGCACGCACACAUGCAUCGCAUGGCUGUUCUGUGCUUUGCUGACUGUGGGUGGCCCUGCUUGUGUUGUAGCUGUUCAGUUCCCUCUCCUCCCAACCAAUAAAGACAAA